ACCAAAUGUAUGGACUGCAUGAAAUUAAAGUGUUUGUUAUCUGAGAACAUUUCGGUUUACACGUUUUUUUUUUCUUCAUAUUUUUGUUUUUGUAGCAAAAAUCCAAUAAAGAAAUAAUUUAAUCAUUGAUAAUUGUAGUGGUUUGUUUUAUGAUCCGAGGUGGUUUUGUAUUAUUCCGGUUAGAUUUGAAACAUUAGCUGUAAGUUUGUCGGGCCGUGAACAUUAAUUUGGAUUUAAGUGAAUAACUAAAAAAGUGUGCAAAUAAUAUGUGAUCAAAUUUGUGAAAUUAAAUAAAAAAGUGAAAGAAUUAAAAUAUCCUUGAUAUUAUUAAAUAUCCUUAGAAAUGCAAUCCUUUAAAUCGGAUGAGUUGCCGGAAAAUCCGCGCCAACAUUCAAAUCCUUUUUCCUCGUUAAUGUUUUGUUUUACAAUGCCAACAUUUUUCAAAGGUCGCAAAAGUGUUCUAAAUGAGAAUGAUCUUUAUCGUGCCUUAAAUGAACACAAAUCAGAUUUUGUUGGCCAUAAACUUAGUUUGGCGUGGGAAGAACAAUGUGAAAAAGUAAAGGGCACCAAUAAAGAACCCAGUUUAUUAAAGGCCACUUUUAAGGUGUUCGGUUGGUAUUAUAUGAUGUUGGGUAUUGCAUUGUUUAUCAUCGAAAUUGGUUUGAGAUCUAUGCAACCUUUGUUUCUGGGUAAGUUGGUAUCAUUUUAUGCAAAUGCAAAUAGUACCGCCAAAGACGAAACUGAGGCCUAUUUAUAUGCAAUGGGCGUGAUAUUGAGCAGUGCCUUAAGUGUUUUGUCCCUGCAUCCCAAUAUGUUGGGCAUCAUGCAUUCGGGCAUGAAGAUACGUGUGGCUCUUUGUAGUUUAAUUUAUCGCAAAGCCUUGCGUUUGAGUAAAACUGCAAUGGGGGACACCACUUCGGGCCAGGUGGUGAAUUUAAUGUCAAAUGAUGUGGGACGUUUGGAUACAUCAAUGUUGCAUGUGCACUAUUUGUGGAUAGGGCCAAUAGCUAUUGCUAUAGUAACCUAUUUAAUGUAUUUAGAGAUUGGGGUCUCCUCUUUAUUUGGCGUGGCCUUAAUGUUACUGUUCAUUCCUUUGCAAGGGUUUUUGGGCAAGAAAACCUCUAUUUUACGUUUGCGCACUGCCUUGUGCACCGAUGAGCGUGUGCGCAUGAUGAAUGAGAUCAUUAGCGGCAUACAGGUGAUCAAAAUGUAUGCCUGGGAAUAUCCCUUUGGCAAGAUGGUGGACUUCAUAAGACGCAAAGAAAUGAAGGCCAUACGUUAUGCCAACUAUAUACGCGGCAUGUUGGCUUCAUUUAUAAUGUUUGUCACUCGUGUGUCCAUUUUCGCCAGUCUGGUGGGCUUUGUGUUGUUGGGCAAUUUCCUGACAGCGGAAAAAGCCUUUGUCAUUACAGCUUAUUAUAAUAUUUUAAGAACCAUUAUGACGGUAUUCUUUCCUUUGGGAGUGGCUCAAUUUGCCGAAACUUUGGUGUCAUUUAAACGUUUGCAAACUUUCAUGAUGUUGGAGGAGACCUCAUUGGCUGCUAAGAAAAUUAACCAGGAUCCUGCAAAAUCUAUACCCAAAGCUAUUGUUAGUGAAAAUGGUAAAGAAACGUAUUUAACUCCAUCUAAUAUUAAAGCGGAGUUAGGUAUUGAUAUUCGUAAUUUAAAAGCCAAGUGGAAUGUUAAAUCCAUGGAGUUUAAUUUAAAUGAUAUUAAUUUGAAUAUAAAACCCAAAACCUUGGUGGCUGUUAUAGGACCGGUGGGUUCGGGUAAAUCGAGCUUAAUACAAGCCAUACUUGGCGAAUUGCCUCCUAUAUCUGGUAGUGUAACAGCCAAUGGUGUUUUGUCAUUUGCCUCUCAAGAACCUUGGCUUUUUACCGGCACCGUGCGUCAGAAUAUACUGUUCGGUCUGCCACUAGAUAAGAAACGUUACAAUAUAACGGUGAAAAAGUGUGCCUUACAGCGUGAUUUUGAGCUACUACCUUAUGGCGACAAAACCAUAGUGGGAGAACGUGGUGCCUCCCUUUCCGGCGGCCAAAAGGCACGCAUUAAUUUAGCCCGAGCUGUGUACAGGAAAGCUGAUAUUUAUUUACUUGAUGAUCCUCUUAGUGCCGUCGACACCCAUGUAGGUCGUCAUUUGUUCGAUGAAUGCAUGAAGGAAUAUUUAAGAGAGCACAUAGUCAUAUUGGUUACACAUCAGCUGCAGUUCCUGGAACAAGCUGAUGUCAUUGUUAUAAUGGAUAAGGGCAGAGUAAGUGCUGUGGGUACCUAUGAGUCUAUGCAGCAAAGUGGUUUAGAUUUUGCCCAGCUACUAGCCAAUGCCGAGGAGGAGGAAGAUGACAAAGAGUUUCUGUUGGAGGCCAAGAAGCAGAGGCAAAGGCAAACUAGCGAGACUUCACUAACUUCUACCGUGGAAUCGGUAGAGCUAAAUAAUGCGCCUAAACAGUUGGAAGAAUCAAAGGUGGAGGGUAAAAUUGGUUUGAAGUUGUAUAAGAAGUACUUUAGCAGUGGAGGUGGCUAUUUGGUGUUGGCGGUUAUGACCUUUUUGUGCCUGGCAGCUCAGAUUUUGGCCUCAGGUUCUGAUUACUUUUUAUCGUACUGGGUCAACAAAAAUGAAAACAGUUUCCCUGAAUCAACACAAGACUCUGUUAAAACCGAUUCCAUUGAUAUUUAUAUUUUCACCGGCCUCAACUUGGCUGUCAUUGUAUUUUCCAUGUUCCGCAGUUUCCUAUUCUUCAAUUUGGCCAUGAAAUCUUCUACGUCCCUGCAUAAUGCCAUGUACUUGGGUGUUACACGUGCUGCCAUGUAUUUCUUCAAUACGAAUCCUUCCGGUCGUAUUCUUAAUCGUUUUUCUAAGGAUAUGGGCCAGGUUGAUGAGAUUCUACCCAGCGUUAUGAUGGAUGUUAUACAAAUAUUUUUGGCUUUAUUUGGUAUUUUGGUGGUUUUGUGUUUGGUAAAUCCCUGGUAUUUGCUGGCCACAGCGGUGUUGGUGUUUAUAUUUUAUUAUUUGCGAACAUUCUAUUUGAAGACAUCGCGAGAUGUUAAGCGUCUGGAGGCGAUAACCCGCUCCCCCAUCUACUCCCACUUGGGAGCCUCUCUUAAUGGGCUCGCCACCAUUAGAGCCUUUGAAGCAGAACAGGUUUUAAUUGCUGAAUUCGACAACUAUCAGGAUCUUCACAGUUCUGGUUUCUACAUGUUUUUGGCCACAAGUCGUGCCUUUGGCUACUGGCUUGAUUGCUGUUGUGUCGUCUAUAUAGCCGUCAUUACACUAAGUUUCUUCUUGUUCUCGCCCGAAAAUGGAGGUGAUGUGGGUCUGGCCAUAACUCAGGCCAUGGGUAUGACGGGUAUGGUGCAAUGGGGUAUGCGUCAGUCGGCUGAAUUGGAGAAUACCAUGACCUCGGUGGAGAGAGUAGUGGAAUAUGAGGCCAUAGAACCAGAAGGAGAAUUAGACUCACAGCCGGAUAAGAAGCCGCCUCAGACCUGGCCUGAAGAGGGACAAAUUAAAUUUGAUAAUUUAUGUUUGCGUUAUAAUCCCGAUCCUAAAUCGGAUUAUGUUUUAAAAUCAUUGAAUUUCAUAAUAAAACCCUGUGAGAAAGUGGGUAUAGUGGGCAGAACGGGAGCUGGUAAAUCGUCUUUGAUCAAUGCACUCUUUCGUUUGUCUUAUAAUGAUGGAGCGGUGAUAAUAGACCAGAGAGAUACCAAUGAAAUGGGUUUACAUGAUUUGAGAAGUAAGAUUUCUAUUAUACCCCAAGAGCCGGUGUUAUUUUCCGGAACAAUGCGUUAUAAUCUCGAUCCAUUUGAUGAGUAUUCAGACAACAAAUUAUGGGAAGCUUUAGAGGAGGUCAAACUUAAGCAUGUAGUGGCCGAUAUGUCUCAUGGUUUGCUCAGCAAAAUCUCCGAAGGUGGCACCAAUUUCAGUGUGGGUCAGCGUCAAUUGGUUUGCUUGGCUCGGGCUAUUCUACGAGAAAAUCGCAUAUUAGUUAUGGACGAAGCCACCGCCAAUGUAGAUCCCCAAACAGAUGCCCUCAUUCAAACCACGAUUCGUGAGAAAUUUAAAAACUGUACCGUUCUCACAAUUGCCCAUCGUUUGCACACUGUCAUGGACAGCGAUAAAGUUUUGGUAAUGGAUGCUGGUCGUGCUGUGGAGUUUGGCUCUCCCUAUGAACUGUUGACGGUGUCAAAGGUCAAUAUAUUUCACAGCAUGGUUAAACAAACGGGCAAUAGCAGUUUCGAAACGCUAUUAAAGGUGGCUCAACAGGCUCAUGAAAACAAUUUGCUGGAAAAGAAGGUGGCUUAAAGAAAGACUUGGCACUGAAAUCGAAAUUCGACAAGUUAUAUUUGCAUAAAUGUGGGGUUUUAUGGUGUUGACAGUUUUAAAACCUAGUAUGAAACACAAUUUUAUGCUAUUUGGCAAAGCAGUUAUUUGUAUAAUUGUUCAGUU